CUGAAGAGCAUCAGGCCGCUCAGUGAUUUUGCUCUUUCUCCUGUUGAAUUGCUGCCCAUCCAAAGUCAUAAACAUGACGUCCUACACAGAUAAAAAAGAGAAGCCUGAAAGAGGAAAGUUUGUCAGAUUUCAUCAUGUGACCUUCUGGGUGGGCAAUGCCAAACAGGCAGCCGUGUUCUACUGUGAUAAGAUGGGCUUCGAGCCCAUGGCCUACAAGGGUUUGGAGACGGGCAGCAGAGAAGUGGUGUCCCACGUCAUCAGACAGGACAAGAUAGUCUUCGUAUUUCAGUCUCCCCUGAAUCCAGGAAACGAAGAGUUUGGAGAACACCUGAUGAAACAUGGGGACGGGGUGAAGGACAUUGCUUUCCAAGUGGAAGACUGUGACUACUUGAUCAAGACGGCGAAGGAGCGGGGGGCGGUGGUCGUCAGAGAACCCUGGGUGGAGCAGGACCCCUCCGGGGCCGUCAAGUAUGCCGUCGUUCAAACGUAUGGAGACACGACACAUACGCUCGUGGAGUACCUGGGACCCUACAAAGGUCGGUUUCUACCGGGCUACAAAGAGCCGCUUUUCAGGGACCCUCUGCUACCCAAACUUCCACCCGCAGGUCUGGCCUUCAUCGAUCACGUUGUGGGAAACCAGCCAGAUGAUCAGAUGGUGCCAGUGUCGGACUGGUACCAGAAGUGUUUGAUGUUCCACCGCUUCUGGUCAAUAGAUGACAAGCAGAUCCACACCCAGUACAGCUCCCUCCGCUCCACCGUGAUGACCAACUACGAGGAGACGAUCAAAAUGCCCAUCAACGAGCCCGCGCCUGGGAAGAAGAAGUCACAGAUCCAGGAGUACGUGGAGUACAACGGGGGGGCCGGGGUCCAGCACAUCGCCCUGAACACGCCGGACAUCAUCCCGUCGAUAGUGAACCUGCGAGCCCGCGGGGUAGAGUUCCUCUCAGCUCCGGAUACGUAUUACAAAAGCCUGCGGGAGAAACUCAAGACCGCCAAGAUCCAGGUGAAGGAGGACCUGGACCGUUUACAGGAAUUGAAAAUUUUGGUGGACUUCGACGACAAGGGCUACCUCCUUCAAAUCUUCACCAAACCCGUGCAGGACAGGCCCACCCUUUUCCUGGAGGUCAUCCAGAGGCAAAACCACUUUGGCUUCGGGGCGGGGAACUUCAAGUCUCUAUUUGAGGCUAUCGAGAAGGACCAGGACGCCAGGGGCAACCUCACGGCGCUGACACCGGAGGGACAGCCCAAAGCCUUCUACUGAGCGCUCAGCCUCCCGCCAAGCCAACACUUCACGCGGGUGCGGCUUUCACGGGCCCGGAUCAUCUAGACCACAUUGUACACAUGUUGUUGUAUGCCUAUACAGAUUGUAACAGUCAGCCGGCGUUAUCUGCUCCCAUCAGCCCCUCCCCCCCCGUGCUCUGGUUUGGCCCUUUGCAUAAAAGUCACGGUCGCACACUCUGGCACGCGGGGGGUGGGGGUGGGGUGGGGUGGGGGGGGGGAUAUGCACCGGAGGGCCCGAUACGCCGUCUGACCUACUGCAACGUGCAACUGUGUCACACAUGCAAUAAACAGCUACCCAUCUUCAAACGAGGCCUCGCAGGUCCGACACCCGACACAAAUCUGCAAACAACGCAUCAGCACUCACGGCACCGUCCACCUCUCAUCGCCACCCGCAGAAAUGUACGCGACACACAGAUUUUUAUUUCAAAAUAAUUUAUUUGCAUAUAAUUGGAAUGAAGCCAGGCUGAUACAUCUGUGAUGGCGCUGGUUAGUUUCAUAUAGACACACUCUAUACAGAAACCCCCCGUUCUCAAAACCUGGACAGUAUGGAUAAAUAUAUUAGUAAAUAAAUAUAUUAGUGAUGUGUCACCAUAUUGAAAUGUUCUAUUAUAUAUAAAAUACAACACUAUUUCAUUUCUGUUUUUAUCUUUCUCUUUUUUUGUACACAAAGUAUCCAAAAUAUACUGACACAUCCCAUGACGUUUUGGAGGGACUGUACUCUAUUAGAAAAGGCAGUUUCAGCUCAGUCUUGA